ACCUGUGGAUCUUCUGGAACUAGGUCCUUCUCAAUUAAUGGCUCACUGUCAUUCAGGUCACCCUUGGCUCCCCACCCACAAGGAGUGCCUGGGGAAGGGAUCCUGCCAUGUAGCUUGUGGCACAUCUGUGGGCUGGUUGCCUGAAGACUGCUCUUGCAGAAGCUGUCCCAGUGAGGCCUGGGGAAACACCACCCUUCAGAGCAUGGGCCUUAGAGCACAAGUUGCAACAAGGAACUACUGGCCAGAAAGUAAUACUGAGCCCCACAUAGAAAAUAUUGCCUUUUAUCAGAAUCCAGAGAACUUUUCAACAGUGGAUUCCAAAGAGGGUACUUUGGUUCAGAUCUCCAGAAUGAGCCACACUUCUUCAGAAGCUCCAGAAAACCUCACUCUCCUCAUUGAAAAAGCAAGCACUGAAGGGAGGAAGGAGUCUUCAAGUAGAACAGAUUUCACUGUCUCCCCUACUGGGCGCUCACCUGAGACUGCAACAGUGCUGACUUCCCAGGACAGCACGUUAUCUCCUGGAACUAUGAAAGAACUUAACUUCAGGAUUUUCCAAAGCCCAUUAGUCAGACAGACCAAGAGGAUGCAUGUUGCCCAUGCUACAGUUGCUGAUGGUGCCCCAAGGGAGCUCCAGUCUUUGACACUCAGUCUGGGGCCUGCAAACAAGGCUGUGGGUUUUCCUGAGGACUCCAGGAUUGCCGCAACUUCAGCCACAGCCCACUCCUCACCCUCUGUGGUAGAACUGCGGAGAAACAGUAGCAUAACCAAGAGCCCACCAGAUGAAGAAUCCAUCAAGCCAUCCACGAAAAGUGAAUUUGAUAUUACACCUUUAAAAAGGCAACAUGAUUCCCUGACCUCUGGAAGCCAUCAGCUUGCUAGCAGCCCAGAAGCAGGAAAUAAAAAUCCCAUGCCUCACACUGAGACUGCAUCUAAGUCAGCCCCUUCUGUUAGAGGCGGAGAGAGCACAUCACAGUGGUUCUUAACCAAUAAGACAUCUACAGAUGUGACAGGAAGUUCUGCUUCAUAUGAUGAAGUUCUGACCCAGUUCUCAGACUCUGCAAAACAGUCCACAGGAGGCAACAUAGCACUGGACGAGAGAAGUUACUCAGAGUCUUCCUCACAAAGCCUGGAGUCCUCAGCACAACAUGGAGAACAUUCAACUCUGGAAGACAGCGCAGCGCCUGGCCUCUCUUCCGCCAUUCUGGAGAGCACUUCCAGGACGCACCCCCGCGGCUUCCAUACCCUGGCCACACUCACCGGAAGCGGGGAACGCACACUGCGCUCUCUCAGUCACAUGGGUGCGGUGACCUCUGCGGAGGCGGGCGGCUCUGCGAUGGCACCCAGGGAAACUGAGGGCACUUCGCCGCGCGGCAAUGCGACAAACGACAUGGGCCUGCUCUCACGGUCAACGGCCGCCUUGCCUGCCCUUGGAGUCACUGAACUUAGCUAUGGUCAAGUGAGUGGCACAGAUACUGGACAAAGGACUUCCAGUGACCAUACAGACCACACCUAUGUUUCUUCUACUUUCACCAAAGGAGAACGGGCAUUACUGUCCAUUACAGAUACUAGUUCAUCCCCAGACGUCAGUGAGACUUCAACUUCUUAUAUUAAAGUCUCAGACUCUUCAUAUCCAGACUAUUCUUCCUCUUCUCAUGUUCAGACUAAAAGAAGUAAUGUUUCAUCCUCUGACGGGGAGUACGCUCAGCCUUCCACUGAGUCACUGGUUCUGCAUACAUCCAACUUUCCAUCCUACACACCCACCAUUAAAAUACCGAACAUUUUUGUUCCUCUGGGCACUGAUACUGGAUCUGUUGGUGACUCGUCUUCUUCAGAGUCCCCUUUGCCUCUGCCCUCAGCAUCACAAUCCCUCCAGUCCUCAUCAAGUUUACCAUCAACCAGGACCUCCACGUAUCAGCUAAAGUCUACCUCUGAGGUGUCCACAACUUCAUCUUCCUCACCAUCACUUUUAUCAGUAUCUUUGAUGGCAUCUACCCCACUUUCGAUCUCACAAGCAACCUUACCACAUUCAUCCUCUACCCUAGUCCUUUCCAGGACAAGGGAGACAUCUGUGACAUCGGAUCAGAUGUUGACCAUGGCAUCAUCCAUAGCCGUGAGCCACAGUCAAACAGCAGAUCCCAAAAACCAGAGCACUCUGCAACAAGAGAAAAUUGUUACAGGAGCAAAGUCACCAAGCCUGGUGUCUCUGCCCACAGAGUCCACCAAAGCUGUAACAAAAAGCUCUCUUUUAGAAGUCCCUUUGCCCUCAGCCUUAACAGAAUCCUCCACUGAGCCUGCCCUUACAGCCAUGAGCACCAGCUUAGCCCACAUGUCUCCAACAUUGACAACCACCACUCUGAAGGCUUCUCACCCUCCUGUUAUCAGUCCCAGCACACUGUCAAGCACAGAACCUCUUAUCACUGGCCCUGGAGCUAUACUCACUACAGCUGGAAAACAGCUCUUGCCAACCAAUCCUGAAACUCUAGUGCCACAAAUCUCAACCGAAGGUGAUGUCAUCACAAAAAGGAACCAAGUACAUACAGACGCUACAACCCAGUUGAUCCCUCUGACCAGCAUACCCACGUCAACAAAAGAACUGACCACAAAGCUUGGCGUUACAAAGGAAUACAGCACUGAUUCGCCUUUCCUCGGAACAUCACCUUUUCCCAAAACCACAGAUGUUUCUACUGCUGAAAUGUCGACUCCUAAAUCUCCUACCCCCACUGCCCAGAGUAGCAUACAGUCACCAAUGACACUGUCGCCAGUCAACAGCUGUGCCACAAACCCCUGUCUUCACGAUGGCAAAUGCAUUGUGGACCUCACUAGUGGCGGCUAUAUAUGUGUGUGCCCCCCCUCGUGGCAAGGAGACAACUGCAGUAUGGAUGUGAACGAAUGCCUCUUGAACCGCUGCCCACGUCAAGCCACGUGUAACAAUACUCAGGGAUCUUUUAUCUGCAGAUGCCCAGUAGGGUACCAUUUGGAAAAAGGAAUAUGCAAUUUGGUUAGAACCUUCGUGACAGAGUUUAAAUUAAAGAAACAGUUCCUUAAUACUACCCUGGAAACACAUUCAGAUGUACAUGAAGUUGAAAAUGAGAUUAGCCAAAUGUUAAAUAUGUGUUUUUCGACAUUACCUGGUUAUAUCCGAUCCACAGUUCAUGUGUCUAGGGAGUCCAGUGCAUUUGUGACCUCACUGCAAACCAGCUUUUCCCUGGCCUCCAGUAUAACGCUGUUUGACCUGAAUGAUGGGAUUCAGAAAUUUGUCAACUCCUGCAGGUCCUCUGCUGACAUCUGCCAACUCUUGGGAUCUCAAACACGGGUCUUUAGAGCGGGCAGCUUGUGCAAGCGGAAAAGCCCCCAGUGUGACAGAGAAACCUCCAUCUGCACUGACCUGGAUGGUGUCGCCCUGUGCCAGUGCAAGUCAGGCUACUUCCAGUUCAACAAGAUGGAUCACUCCUGCCGAGCUUGUGAAGAUGGAUAUAGACUAGAAAAUGAAACCUGUAUGAGUUGCCCAUUUGGCCUUGGUGGUCUCAACUGUGGAAAUCCCUAUCAGCUUAUCACUGUGGUCAUCGCAGCAGCAGGAGGAGGGCUUCUCCUUAUCCUGGGCAUUGCACUGAUUGUCACCUGUUGCAGAAAGAAUAAAAAUGACAUCAGCAAACUCAUCUUUAAAAGUGGAGAUUUCCAAAUGUCUCCAUAUGCCGAGUACCCUAAGAACCCUCGCUCCCAAGAGUGGGGCCGAGAAGCUAUUGAGAUGCAAGAGAAUGGAAGUACCAAAAACCUCCUGCAAAUGACCGACGUGUACUACUCGCCCACAAAUGUAAGGAAUCUAGAACUUGAACGAAAUGGACUCUACCCGGCCUACACUGGAUUGCCUGGCUCACGGCAUUCUUGCAUUUUCCCCGGACAGUAUAACCCGUCUUUCAUCAGUGAUGAGAGCAGGAGAAGAGACUACUUCUGAGUUCAGGCGAGACAGGGCCCGCCGCGCUGAGCCAGGUCCGUGGCAGCUCUGUGGUCAGUGGACUGCACCAGAGGGAGCGCCGUGCACUGGAUGCUCCCAGCCUUGUCAGAGCCACAGUUCACUGGCAAGAGAAAGUCAAGCAUGACGGCCAUGACCACAGUGGAGGGGGCCAGAUGGAUGUGGAAAUGCAGGCUGCUUGUUCAGCACGUUUGUUGUUACUGUGAACAUGGACGUGGGCCAGUACCGAGCGAGUCUCUGACGCAGCCCUGGCACGAGGGAGGGCUGUGGGCCACAGCAGACCACUGGGUAUCACUGCAGGGACCCAGUGUUCCCUAGUUUGCACUUUAGUCAACUUGGCGUGCAGGUCUCCUUUUGGAUUUGUCUCAAAGCCGUCCCAAGAGACACUGAGAUGCUUCUGUGGGCUGCAGUUGGUGAUGAACGUGUGACCAGAUGCUGGCUUUUGUUUUCCCGCCCGGCACCUAGUGCUAAACAGCAGUUGGGGAUGGACAUACCACUAGUUUUGAAGUUGAGCAUACAAUAUUUUAAUGCUUCUAGGUUGCCUUAUGCUACAAUCUCCAAGCCAACCCCCAAAAUGAGGAAUUGACAUUUUUGAGGCAUGGCACCCAACUCUUUAAGUCAAGGUGACACAUUUAUUUAUAAUGUUUUUUUCCUUGUACAGUUAAAUCUCACUUUUCUGAGCAAAUGAGCUAGGGCAAAACAACUUACACUUGGUUUUAGAGGCAUUCAAGUGCCCCCCAGUGAGGCUGGACUGGCAGAAUUGGGAGCUAGCUGUCCUGUAGGCAGUGUAAUACUUGUUAUCUAUGAGGGCAGCACCUGGGGCCUUGGACUUUAACCACAAUCAUGGAAGCCAGUGGCAGCAAUGGAUAGAAAAAGGAGAGCUGAGUCCGCCUGGGCCUGAGCUGAUGUUUCACCACUGGAGGAAAAUCCUGCCGCAGUCCCUGCAGGUGAAUGAACUUACAGGAAUGGGUCAGGUGGGCACAGUAGAUUUCUUGCAUCACCAGAGCUGUGGGAAGCCAUAGGGAAUUUCUGAGGGGCAGAAUAGGAGCUAGGACGAAGCCACAGGUGAGUGUGCUCACCUGCUAGUCUUUGUACCCAGAAUCUCACCCACAAACUUAGUGUAACUUUUCAACCAAAGUUAUUUAUUUAAUGAAGAAAUAACUUAUUUUCUCUUACCUGGUCUGUGGUACCUGUUCGUGACUCUCCAGUGCCUUCCAGAGACACAGCUAGACUUCAGGUCUGCACUGGGGACUAAAGACUGGCCAGCUAGGGGUCUGAGUGCUUGCUUGCUUGUGAGAAGGAAAUGCCAAAGCUGUACCUAUUCUGCCUGUGCCAUGGAUCCGGCAAGGGGGGCUUGUCAGCACUCGGUGUCUUAAAUGCUCCCUGUGGAAAUGUUCCUUUAUCGCCUUGUGGAAGUGAAGGGAACACAGAGCUAAAAGGUUUGUUCCCAUCCUGAAGCCAGGAGCUCAGUGGUACACAUUGGAACACACUUCUGGAAAUAGUGCCACUGCUGGGGACAGUUCUGCCCUGGGCAUGGUGGCCUCUUCACAGUUCCUAUGAUCUCUUCUAAGCAUGCACUCAUCCUAACAGGGUUAGGUAUAAACUCCUGUGUCCCACAGUCUCCACAGCGCACCAGCCCCCCUCUAGCAGGAGUACUAGUCAGGUGCAGUGAGUUUCAGUAAUUAGAUCGUACUCAUUUCAUGAGACAAGUACAUAAAGCAUUCUAUUCACUGGAUGUUAAACUCUCAGAGUCGCCAUUUUGAAUUCUUGUGUCUGCAUCUCUCUAUGGAACCAAAUGGCCCUUUGUGCCUUGCUGCCUUGCGUCUACCUGGAGAGGUCUGAGUUCCUCACUCAGCUCGCCUGAGCCAGCAAACUUUGAUUCCUUGUGAGACCACCUCCUUUCCAUCCUUUGCGCUGAAUCUCCCAGCUACAGGAACAGCAACCACAGCGGCCGCUCCUGGGCUACAUUUCUGCCUUUAGCUGCACCACAGCUGGCAAAUCAUCUCCUGUGUCUGGGCUGGAAGCCUUAAGCCCAAUAAUAUGAAGUGUCCUGUCUCAAGCAUGCUUGAGAAGAAUUCUAAUGUUCAAAAAAGAGCAUUCUGUGAGUUCCAGGAAUGUUGGUUCACAGGUUUUGUCCAAAUGGAGUGGAUUAUGAAAAAAGAAGGUGCCAAGCAAGGUUGAGUGCACAGUAUCCACAGUUUCUAGGAGGCAGGUGAGAAUGAGGACAGACAAGGUGUGAGAGGGGCAUGACUUACCUGUUGCUCACUGCCUGUCCUAGGCAAGAAAGGGAAAGGCCGGGCUCACUCCUACUGGGGCUUUACCUCCAGAAGGCUCCACCUGGGAGGAGAAGAAACAGCUGUAGGGAGACAGCAGCCCAGAGAUGGGCAAACAGCAUCAGCUGGGAUCAAGUGCUGUGUCAGCCUCUGUACCUGGAGUGUGUGGUUUCGUGUGCACAGAAAUGCCAUGGUCCUACAUCGGGACCCCGCCGCUGGGGAAAGGUGACACGGGGCAUCCCACCAGCUGCUUCUGUAGGGAAGAGCUGGGCCACAUGGAACUCGUGUGUCUGGAGAAUGCUGGGGCAGGAGACCUGGAGAGGGAGGAGUUGGCGUCUGGCUUUAUGCUCCAGGUGAGCUUAUUUCCAUUAUCUUUUCCUGUUUACUCCCUGAGCCACCCCAGGGUGCUAGGAUGUGUUUCUUUAGAAAGAUGUUCCUACCAUGACCAGGCUCCACACAAGGUCCUGGCCUCAUAAUACCCUUGCUAAUUAGUCUUGCGUGUUCAUGUCUAAAAACUCCCAAAGAGGAUAAAUAAUUGGCCUCGUGAGAGCAAGAUUCAGAUCACGGUGUGCAUGGCUCAGCCUGUGGCUCGUUCCAUUGGCUCUCCCUGCUUCACUUUAAAUCUUAGAGGGCAAGGAAGAAUGGACCUAAGAAUUUUAAUAUAGGGGCCGGGGAUUUAGCUCAGUGGUGCCGCUGCCUGCUUUGCAAGCAUAAGGACCCAAGUUCGAUCCCAGGUAAACCCCCCCAAAAAAAGAAUUUUGAUAUAGUAAGCAGUAACCAAACCAAACUAAUGAUACAAAGUACAAGACAUGCUGAAUGCCCUUUCAAAUCGGCUUUAACAUGUAUUUCCUGGAUGCUUGCGGUCACUGUCAAGAAAUUGGUAGCUGGCUUGUGCUCAGCAUGAAGCAGAUCAGUAUGUGGCUUUGGCUGGAGGAAAUGCAAGGUGCUGACUGAGUGCGCUCUCGACAAGCAUGGGUACAGUUACACAUCCAAGGACCACCAGCCUUGUCCCCAUAGUGAGGCUGUGGUUCCCACAUACAGGAGUGUAUUUUUGUGAACCAUCAUCAGAGCUGGGAACAACAUCGGUGAGUUGUCUUCAAUGCUGAGCUUCCUUCUUGGAAAGGAAAGUUAUUUUCAGAAGCAGCUUGCUGAAUGGAUGGUGAUGCAGUCAAGUUGGCUGUUACUAUUUGAGUUUUAAAAAUAAACGUGGCUGAGCUUCAGAAGAGGUUCCUCAGUGGGCCCAUGGGAGAAGGUAGCGUCUUUGGGUAGGGGGCUGGAUGGCUAUUCAAGGCUAUGUCCUUGAAGGAUGCCAUCUAUUCAGAUGUUCCAGAUGUAGGCACCCUAGGGCCACCCCUUUCGAUGUGGCUUUUGGUGCCUCAUGAAGUCACCUUGGCAGAGAGCCCAAGUGCCCCAGAACUGCGGAACUUUACCUGGAGAAAUAGGGCUGUACUGUCACCCUUGCUUGAGUCACUAUUGAAUACACGCAGAACUAAGGCUUUGAUUCGUAAUUUAAAAUAUAUUUGGAUUUGAAAUUAGAGCACUUCUUUGGAAAGAGGAAGAGUGGAGAGUUCAAUAUUUCAGUGUUUUAUAUUUUAUUUAAAACUGCCCUUAAUAUAAGUGAUACUUUUCCUAUCUGAAAGCUUCUGUAGGGGUAAGAAUACAUUUUCAUUCCUUUUACAAUGUGCCAUUUUAAGGGUUCUUAUGUACAUUUUUGGAAACAAAUACAGUUUUGUAGAAUUUUCUUUCAGGUAUUUUUUUUUUCUUUUCCAAAUCCCCAAAGAAGAAAACUUGUUAAAAUAAUAGCAGGCACAUUACAGUACUAAAUGCCAAUUAAUUUGUUGAUCAAAAGUAUCUCAGUAGCAUUAUACUCCUUCCUGUCUUUGUAAACUAGCUCACAGAAAAGCCCAUGAAACCAAAGGGAAUCCUUUAGGUCUAAAAGGAGAUAGAUUCUACAGUGGAUCUGUCCCAUGAGCAUCUUCAAAGAAAACGUUUCAGAGGAGUUCCUUAUAGAUUCUAGGGUUAUAAUUUUUAUGGUGUUUAGUGUGUGUCAGUACAGGCUUCUUAGGAAGGACUCAACACGGCAGAGAUGUGAUGGGAAACUGAUCCAACACACUUGCCUUUCUGUAUCACCCAAGCCUGUUCCAGAAGGAAAAUGAUUGUCUCAUCAUGAGUUGUUGUGGGUUUUGUUAAUGUCUGCGUUGCUGGAUUUAUGGUAAAAUGUAACAUGUAGCUGGAAUGUAAACUUUCUGAAUUUUCACAUUGUCCUGAAUCACUCUUUGUAAACCUUAGCCCCUGGUUGAUCGUGUUAAACCCAUUAUGAGAAUGUUAUUUAAAGUUGUAUCAUAAUUUCAGCCUCCACCAAUUAUUCAAUACUGUAGCAGCAAAGUAUCAUUUGUAAGAAUUUGGUUAUUUUUAUACUUAUAUUCACUCUAAAUCUGGCGUUCUA